UGAAAUGAUGGUGUAAUUGAGACAAAGACAAAAAGUGAACUGAAUUUAAAUAUAAUUUAGAGACUAUUUCCAUGGUGUAGAUAUCGGACCGAUUAAGAGCAAACAUUUCUAGAUCAAUAUUCAAUUAUUGGUUGUGUUGGCAUGUUAAGUGUGUUCGAUGCCGGUGCGGUUAAGUGUCGUCUAUGGCCGAAUCCGUUAAAAGUCAAUCGCUCUCUGCAUUGACGGAGGGGCAGCACGACGACGGUGGUUCAACAGCAACAGCAACAGCAGCGACAUUGGUUAAUAAUACCGGUGCGUCCAAUACCACAAUUUCAUCCAAUCACUCGUCCCACCGGCGACGCAAUAACAACGCAAGCAAAAGCAAGAAACGCAACACGCCGGCAACAUCAUCAGGCCCUGCCGUCAGCUCCUCCGUCGCCGUAGUAGCCGCCACCUCGACUGCGACUGCAACUGCAAACAGCUCCAGUCGUCGAUCCCGCAGUCAAGGACGCCACUCCUCUGCAGCAGUCAACAGCAGCAAGGAGUCCCUAAUCUCCAAGCGCACGGCUGCAGCAUUUCGUUCCCCAUCAUCGCCAGCAUCCAACUUUAUCCCGGUCUCAAGUGAUCAAUCGCCUUCACCCGGUGGCCGCAAACGUCAUCAUCAUCAGCACAACAGCAGCAGCUGCAACACCGCCAGCAGCAGCAGUAACCACCCCCGCAGUAGCCACCAAUCGGCGCCCGGUGGAGAUCAGCUGGUGGAGCUUUGCUCGCCGCUCAAGAAACGUCGCCUGCAGCAGUCCUUGGGAUCAGCAGUCGCCGGAGGAGCAGCAGGAGUUGGCUUAGCUGCAGUAAGCGUCGACCAGACGCCUCGCCAGGCAUCCGGAGAUUGUGUUGCUCAGCGCACGCGAUCCAAGACCAUUUCCCCAGAGGAGCUGCCGAGUACGAGCAGCGCUGCGGCUGCGGCGCGCCAUCAUCAUCACCACCACCAGAUCCGGGCCAGUGCCAGCUCUAGCAGCUUCCCGGCCAGCAACCGGAACAAGCGCAGGGCCAGUGGUGGAGGAUCGGGAGCUGUGGUCGAGACCACUCCCCAACGAGGGGCAACAAUUGCUCGUGCCGGACGCAGCGGCAAUCUGCUGAACUACUACCGCAAAACGCGCAAGGUCAGCCACACGCGCUCCUCCCACAAGCCGGAAAAACACCUGGGACAGCCGGAGGAGACUGCCACCACCAGCCGGAACGGAUCAGCGGGAUCCGGAUCCAGCAGCAAACCGGGUGCGAUCUGCAAGUACAGGAAGAGCCUGCGCCACUCGCAGCAGAAUCAGCUGGACACAGAGAGCGCAGGAGCCGAAAGACUUGGUGCUGAAGCUGGAGCUGAGGAGCAGCAGCCGGUGCACGGGAAUCUGGACGUGGAGGACCAGCUGCCGACCCUCGAGGCGGCUCUGAAUCACGCAGAGGCAGCAGUAAACCACACACAGGGUCAGUUGGAGGCGGAGGGCGAGCCCGAGGUGCAGGACGACAACGACGAGGACGAGGACGACGACGAGGAAGAGGAAGCGGAAGAAGAAGAGGAGGAGGAAGUGGGCUUCUACGAGAUCGUAAACUCAGCCGACUCGUCGUACGAGGAAGACGCCCAGAUCGUUGCCGAGGAGGACGAGAUCACAACGGAAGAGGACGUCGACGACGAGGAAGACGACGACAUCGAGGAGGAAGAGGACAUUGAGGAGGAGGACCUCUCUGAGAGCGAAUUCGCCCAGCAGUUGAUUGGUGAACUUGGUGGUGAGUUUCGAGAACAACAACAACAACAAUCACAACGUGCCAGCAGUACCAUUAAAACAACCAAGAACAACACACCAGCGGCAACAGCAGCACCAGCAGCAGCAAACACUAUAAGGGCGACAACAUCAGCAACAACGUCGUCCGGCUAUCAGCAACGUGCCGCCCCCCAUGGACAGGGGGCGGGGCCAGGCGCCGGAGGGGGAGGGCCACGUGCCACGCGCAGCAGCAAUAGCAACACCAGCAACAACGUUGUUGAUUACAGCAUUAUGCCGCACCUCACGACGGCCACAACAACUACGCCAUAUGCCUUGACACCACAGCAGCAGCAGCAACAACAGCAGCAGCAACAACAGCAACAACAACAACCGCCACAACCUCCUUCGCAACAGCAACAACAAGCACACCACCAACAACAACAACAACAACAACAGCCACCUCAAUUGCUGCCCACACAUCAGUUUGCACACUUGUCUUCCUUUGUGACACCAACAGCAGCGGCAGCAGCAGCAGCAGCGGCCCACUAUCCCCCAGCUUCUGCUGCUGCCGCUUAUUUUGCACAGCAGCAACACCAUCAACACCAGCAUCAGCAACACGUGCAACAGCAGCAGGCACCGCAGCCGCACUACUACCAUAGUUCUGUGGCCGUGUUGCAUCAACCUCCACCGCACCAUUUUACCUCCACAGGGGCAGGACCACCGCCGGCACUCUACCAGCAACAGCCGCCGCCGCAGCUAACACGCUACACGCCGGCAACAGCGACUACAGCGGCCACGUUUGUGCCCCCGCAGCAGCAACAGGUUGCGUACAAUCCACAACAGCAACAGCAACACUCCUCACUGCGACGCAGUUCACGUGGCAAGACGGGUUCUUGUGUGAGUUCGGCAGCAGCAGCACAGCAGCAGCAACACCACCAGCAGCAACAGCAACAUAGCAACGCUGCUGCUGCUGUACAACAGCAAUUGCUGCCGCCGCCUGGUACCUAUCAAUACCAACAGGUGGGCGGCAAUACCGUUGUAGUUGCCGUGCGUCAUCAGCAACAGUUGCAACAGCAGCAGCAGCAGCAACAGCAGCAGCAACAACAACAACAACAGCAACAGCACUUGGCUUUACAUCAGCAGCAACAACAACAACAGCAGCAUCAGCAGCAGCAGCAUCAGCAGCGUGCUACGCUCGUACAGCCGGGAUUCUUAUUCAGCUACCGCAGCAAUCAUCCCCAGCAGCAACAACAACAACUGACACAACAAAUACAUCAGGGGCCCAAAGUGACACAUACCAGUGCAGCUUCGGAUGCUUUAACAUAUAGUUUGAUGGCACAGCAACCGCCAAGUGGACCGCCGCAUGCAGGUGGACAGCAAAUAACGCCAGGUGCCAACUCAGCCAAUCUCAGCAUUGUAGCGGCCGCUCUGAGUGCCGCCCGUGACGUCGGAGGAGGUGCCGGCGGAGGAGGACCAGCAGGAGGCGCCGCAGCAGCCGCCCCAGCCACUGGGGCAUCAUCUGCACCCGGAGGAACCACCAGCGCCGUGGGCGCAACGAGCAGCAGCAACAGCAGUGCCGGCCAACCAGCCAGCAACAGCAGCAGCAACAAUGUGACUGUGGCGGGAUCAGGGUCGGCUCCAGGCGGCGGGCCCACAGCCACCGGCACGAGUAGUGGUGGCCAGCAUGGCAGCGGAUCUGGGGGAGCUGCUGCCGCAGAUUCCGAAAGCGAUGACAGCGAGGUGGGUCGUCUGCAGGCCUUGCUGGAGGCCCGCGGAUUGCCGCCCCACCUGUUCGGAGCACUUGGCCCGAGGAUGACCCACAUCCUCCAUCGCACCAUUGGCAACAGCAGCAGUUCCAAGGCCAAUCAACUGCUGCAGGGACUGCAGUCUCACGACGAGUCCCAGCAGCUGCAGGCUGCCAUCGAAAUGUGUCAGAUGCUGGUGAUGGGCAACGAGGACACCCUCGCCGGCUUUCCUAUCAAGCAGGUGGUCCCUGCUCUGAUCCAACUUCUUCGCAUGGAGCACAACUUUGACAUCAUGAACAACGCUUGCAGGGCAUUGGCGUACAUGCUGGAAGCUCUGCCCCGAUCCUCGGGCACCGUGGUAGAGGCGGUACCCGUCUUUUUGGAGAAACUUCAGGUCAUCCAGUGCAUGGAUGUGGCGGAGCAGAGCCUAACCGCCUUGGAGAUUCUCUCCAGGCGCCACAACAAGGCCAUCCUGCAGGCAAAUGGCAUUUCGGCCUGCCUCACCUACUUGGAUUUCUUUUCGAUUGUGGCUCAGCGGGCAGCCCUGGCGAUUGCGGCCAAUUGCUGCUUGAACAUGCACCCUGAGGAAUUCCACUUCGUUGCGGAGAGCUUGCCGCUACUAGCUCGCCUGCUCUCGCAGCAGGACAAGAAGUGUGUGGAGAGCGUGUGCUCGGCGUUCUGCCGCCUGGUGGAGAGUUUCCAGCACGAUAGCCAGCGCCUGCAGCAGAUCGCCAGUCCGGAUCUGUUGAAGAACUGCCAGCAACUGCUGCUGGUCACACCGGCCAUCCUCAACACAGGAACCUUCACAGCCGUGGUCCGGAUGUUGAGUCUGAUGUGCGGCAGCUGUCCAGACCUGGCCAUCUCUCUGCUUAGGAAUGACAUAGCCGCCACCCUGCUCUAUUUGCUCACCGGAAAUGCAGAGCCGGCUGCUGCCAGUGCCACUCAUGUGGAGCUGAUCGCACGCUCACCUUCAGAGCUGUACGAACUCACAUGCCUCAUUGGUGAGCUCAUGCCGCGCCUUCCUUUGGACGGGAUUUUUGCUGUGGACUCGCUGCUGGACCGGCCCACGCUCAACACCCAGGAUCAGGUGCACUGGCAGUGGCGUGACGAUCGCGGCUCCUGGCACAACUAUUCCACGAUCGAUUCGCGCCUGAUUGAGGCCGCCAACCAAAGCAGCGAGGAUGAGAUCAGCCUCAGCACAUUUGGACGCACCUACACUGUCGACUUCCAUGCCAUGCAGCAGAUCAACGAGGACACGGGCACUACGCGUCCCGUUCAGCGUCGCAUCAACCACAACUACGUGGCCCCCAUGUCGGCCGGACAGGACUUGACCACCACUGCUGCGGGAUCAGCGGCUUCGGGAGGAGCGUCCACGUCCGCUGCGGCAGCGGCUGCCGCCUCCAAUAACAACAACAACAACAACAAUAAUCCACCAGGGAAUAGUGGCAAUCAAGUGAAGCGCCGCCCAUCACUGGACGCUAGAAUCGCAUGCCUCAAGGAGGAGCGUGGUCUCGCUGCGGACUUUAUCAAACACAUCUUUAACGUGCUGUAUGAGGUAUACAGCUCGUCGGCCGGCCCGAAUGUGCGCUACAAAUGCCUGCGCGCCCUGCUUCGGAUGGUGUACUAUGCCACGCCGGAGUUGCUGCGGCAGGUGCUCAAGUAUCAGCUGGUGUCCAGCCACAUUGCCGGCAUGCUGGGCAGCAACGAUCUGCGCAUUGUGGUGGGAGCCCUCCAAAUGGCUGAGAUCCUCAUGCGCCAGCUGCCUGAUGUGUUCGGCACUCACUUCCGUCGUGAGGGAGUCAUCUACCAGUUCACCCAGCUGACGGAUCCGAACAAUCCCAUAUGCGCGAAUCCAUCGCCGAAGCCACUUAGCACAACAGCCACGCCCACCGCCAAUGCAGGCGGAUCACAAUCGGCUCCGGCCUCCGCCAACAGCCUACAGGUUAAUCCCUUCUUUAUGGACAGCGCUCCGGGAUCGUCGAGUGCUUCCGCGACUCCCAGCAGCAGCAAGCACCAAUCGUACAGCGUGAAGAGCUUUUCGCAUGCCAUGAACGCCCUGACGGCCAGCGCCAAGGGAACUCCUGCCGGUGCGUUGGACGCCACGGGAUCCUCGACUCCAGCCGGUGGCUACAACUACAGUAGCUCGGCGCCUUCUUCAUCCUCGACGGCUGGUGGAGCGCCCGCAGCCUUCUUUGUGGCCCAGCAGGGGGAUCCGCGCCAGUAUGUGCACUUCCAGCAGCCGGCAGUUCCUCCGCCACCACCCCAGUUGGAGCUUCUGCCCACUGGAGUGCAGCAACAAGGGCAGCAGGUGCCCCAGGUGAUCUACCAGCCGCAGCAGCAACAGCCCGCACACUUGGUGGUGGCCUCCACCAGCAGUGCCGCUGCCUCCGCCUCCGCGUCCUCGUCUUCGUCCUCCUCGUGCUCCGCCUCGGCGCUGCAGCACAAGAUGACGGACAUGCUAAAGCGAAAAGCGCCUCCCAAGCGUAAAUCGCAGAGCAGUGGCCGUGCCAAGUCCAGGCAGGAAGAUGCGGCAGUUGCAGCGGCCGCCGGAUCCGGAACAGGAGGAGCUCCGCCUGCCUCGGCCAGUUCGGCUAUGCACGAACUUCUCAGCCGUGCCACAAGUUUGGGUAGCGGCACUGGGGGCAGGAGUACGCCCAGUUCGGGCAGUGGUUCUGGAAGCUCCAAGUCUCGCUUUAAUGCCGGAAACUCGACCAACGCCGGAUCGAGCAAAUCCUCGUUCCUGGCUUCGCUCAAUCCGGCACGCUGGGGCCGCCAGACCGCCCAUCAUCAUCACCACCACCAGCAGUCGCAGCAGCAGCAUCACGGCCUUUCCAAAGACUCCGGCAACGCCAACUCAAGUGGGUCUGGCUCUGGAGCUGGCUUGGCUUACACGGUGACCCAACACGGCGCUAGUAGUGGAUCUGGAGGACUGAACGCAGCAGCCGUUGCUGCAAGCAUCAGCAAGAGCAUCUCCCACGCCAAUCUCCUAGCGGCGGCCAACAGGGAAAGGGCACGUCAGUGGGUGCGAGAACAGGCUGUGGACUUUGUCAAGCGCUACACCGAGCAGGAGGCCAGGCGGAGCAAGGCUGCCUCGGAGAGUGGAGCCACCCAGAGCGGAAGUAGCGGAGUGGGACUCUCAUCGACGGGCAGUACUCCACUGUCCACUGCGGGCAGCACCAACGUCUUGGAGCGUUUGUCCAGCAUUCUGUUUAAGCUCAACGGCAGCUACCACGACUGCCUGGACGCUCUCCUCGAGCUAAAGACCAUCCUCCUGGAGAGUGACAUCUCUCCGUUCGAGGUGAACCAUUCGGGCCUGAUCAAGGCCAUGCUCAACUACAUGACCAGCGAGUCGGGACUGGUGGAGCGGGAUGCGCGCCUGCGCAGCUUCAUGCACGUGUUUGCCGGCCUGCCACUGGAGCCCCUGCUCCAAAACGUCGGCCAGAUGCCGAACAUCGAGCCACUGGCGUUCGGCGCCUUCGUGGCCAAGUUGAACGGCUGCGUCACGCAACUCGAACAGUUUCCAGUCAAGGUGCACGACUUUCCCGCCGGUCCUGGUGGCAGGUCCAAUCAGAGUGCGCUGCGGUUCUUCAACACGCACCAGCUGAAGUGCAACCUGCAGCGUCAUCCGCAGUGCAGCAAUCUGCGCCAGUGGAAGGGCGGCACUGUGAAGAUCGACCCGCUGGCCAUGGUCCAGGCCAUUGAGCGGUACCUGGUGGUGCGCGGCUACGGCGGCAUCCGGGCGGACUCGGACGACGACAGCGAAGAAGAUAUGGACGACAACGUGGCAGCUGUGGUGAUGACCCAGGCGGGAUUCAAGCACAAGCUGCAGUUCACGAUCGGGGACCACGUGUUGCCCUACAACAUGACCGUCUACCAGGCGGUCAAGCAGUUCUCGCCGCUGGUCAGUGAGCAGCCGGAGACGGACAACGAAUCGGAGACGCUGUUGGGAAACGCCAGCAUAUGGGUGCAGCAGCACACCAUUUACUAUCGUCCCGUGGAGGAGGAAGUUGCUUCGGGAGCGGCUGCGGGAGCAGCCUCCAGCAGCAGCUCGUGUAGCAGCGGUGUUCAAAAGCAGCACAGCUCCUCCAGUUCGGCCUCCAGCUAUGCGAACGCCUCAUCGUCGUGCUCCUCAUCCUCGGGAGUGGCCAGCGGUGGAGGGUCCUCCUCGAAGAAGGCCCACAAGUCCAGCAGCAAGUUCAUGCGCAAGAAGACGGAACUGUGGCACGAGGGCAUAGCUCCUGGAGUCAUGUCGGCUCUAAAGCCCUUCCUCUGCAGCUCGCUGCCAGCUGAUGUGGUGACCGUGCAAGAUUCCUCGCUGGAUGCAUUGUGUAUGCUGCGAGUGAUCCACGCUCUCAAUCGCCACUGGGAGCAUCUGUAUGGGUGUGUGGUGCGCCAGAACAUCAUUCCCCAGUCGGAGUUUGUGCACCCGAAGAUCACGGCCAAGGCAAACCGCCAGCUGCAAGAUCCGCUCGUCAUCAUGACUGGCAACCUGCCGCAAUGGCUGCCACAGAUAGGCAUGGCCUGUCCGUUCCUGUUCCCCUUUGAAACGCGACACCUGCUCUUCUACGCCACCAGCUUCGAUCGGGAUCGCGCUCUGCAGCGUUUGCUGGACACCACGCCCGACCUCAACGCCGCGGAGUCUUCAGAACGCGUUGCUCCGCGGCUUGAUCGCCGCAAGCGUGCAAUUUCCCGGACGGAGAUCCUCAAGCAGGCCGAGCACAUCCUGCAGGACUUUGGGCACUCCAAGGCCUUGCUGGAGAUUCAGUAUGAGAAUGAAGUCGGUACGGGACUGGGACCUACGCUGGAAUUCUACGCGUUGGUCUCUGCUGAGCUGCAGCGCACGGAUCUGGGCCUCUGGAACGGAAGCGACAGCUACAAACAGAACUCGGUGACCAUUGUGGAUGUGGUGAAGGCCAACAGUGCAGUGCUGCACAUUGAGGAUGCCCUCGAGGCAACCACCAUGGACCAGAGUCCUCCGGCAACGGGAGAUGCGUCGCUUGUCAGCAGCACUACCACCACGACGACAACAACCACGCAGCAGCAGCAGCAGCAGCAGCAGCAGCUUCAUCCACCCACCCGCUCCAGCAGCCGCUCGCAUGUUUUGCGCAGUGGAGCUGGCCAACAGCAGAUGUCGCAGCCAGUGGAGCACAGCUCCUCCAGCGCCGGCGCCAAUGAGAACGCUUUAAAUAUGAUUAUCGCACAGCAAUUCAGUGAUAUUAACUCUGCUGAUCCGGCAGCAUCUGAUAAUCCCAGCAGCACAACCACCACAACCAGUGUGGUGGAGCAGAACACCACCACGAAUCACUCCGGCACCACGACGACCACGACCACAACCAUGAUGAGUUAUGUGCAUGCGGUGCACGGCCUGUUCCCCCUGCCUCUGGGUAAAUCCUCGAAACUUCCGCAGAUGACCAAGGCCAAGGCCAAGUUCAAGUUCUUGGGCAAGUUUAUGGCCAAGGCGGUAAUGGACAGUCGCAUGUUGGACUUGCCCUUCUCGUUGCCUUUCUACCGCUGGCUGGUCAGCGAAGAGCACUCGAUUGGCCUGGCCGAUCUGAUGCGUGUGGCCCCCGAGGUGCAAAACACUCUGGUUCGUCUGCAGGAUAUGGUACGCCAGCGGGAGUACAUUCUUUCCGAUCCAAACAUCGAUGCUAUGGAGAAGACAGAGAAGAUCGAACAGCUGGACCUGGAUGGUUGUCCCAUCGCAGACCUGGGCCUGGAUUUCGUGCUGCCCGGACAUGCCAACAUCGAGUUGUGUCGUGGCGGUCGCGAUACACCAGUUACUGUCCACAACCUUCACCAGUACAUCUCGCUUGUGACCUACUGGUUCCUCAUUGAGGGUGUCCAGAAGCAGUUCGAGGCGCUGCGUGAGGGUUUCGAUUCCGUCUUCCCGAUUCAGCGUCUGCGCAUGUUUUAUCCAGAGGAGCUGGAGUGCGUGUUCUGCGGAUCGGCCAGCGAGCAGCAACAACAGCGCUGGGAAGCCAAGAUGCUGCAGGAAAGCUGCCGCACGGAUCACGGAUUCCACCAGGAGUCGCAGGCCAUCCAAUAUCUGUACGAAAUCCUGGCUUCGUAUAAUCGCGACGAGCAGCGCGCCUUUUUGCAGUUCGUGACGGGAUCGCCGCGUUUGCCGACUGGCGGAUUCAAGGCCCUGACGCCGCCACUGACUAUUGUGCGCAAGACGCUGGACGGAAACCAAAACCCCAAUGAUUACCUACCAUCUGUGAUGACCUGUGUCAACUAUCUGAAGUUGCCCGACUAUUCAAGUCGCGAUGUGAUGCGGCAGAAACUGAAAGUGGCCGCCAACGAGGGCAGUAUGUCCUUCCACCUCUCGUAAGCAGGCAACGGAGAAAAAAACCCCUCUUCCCAUUAAAACAAAACCUGCAACUACACAAAUGGGAACUAAAGAACACUAUGUGGGAUAUAUUCAGACGGCUAUAGUUGAAGCGCUACCAAACCGCUAGAGCAUGGUUUAACUGGAUGCAUCUUAUUUGUUUGUUUUUCUUACGAAAGUUACUUUCGCUGCGCGCGCUUCUUCCAGCACCUUCACUUACUUUUCCCUCUUGGCAAGCGCGCGCCCUGCUAAAUUUCAAUAUAAAUAUAUAAUUCAAAUAUAUUUUAAUACCGAGUUUUGCAAAAAAAAAAAAAAAGAAAACAUAAGAAAAGAAAUGGACAAGAAUGCCCAAGGAGGUGAAGUCAUGAUGGAAUCUAAUGAUUGAAACACCCUCUCCCAUAAAAUGUUACCUUAAAUAAAUUGAAUAGUAAAAAAUUGAUUGUUCAAUUCCCGAUCAUUUGUCCACCCGAACGCACAGGAUGGUAAAUUGUCAACCUGAGCCUGGCGUUCUAGUUAAAUUUGUUUUAGUUUGCUUUUCUCCCAUUCUUAUUACUCUCAUGCUAAUUUUAAUAUUUACUGUAAUCAAAUAAUUAUUUUAUUAAGUUUUUUUUAUUUGUUAUGUUGAACAUUUUUCUCUGGCGUUUAAAUAUGAGUUUAAUUAAUUUGUAAGCAUAAAAUGUGCAUAAACGCUUAUUAGUAACAAAAAUGAUUUAAAGUAGUAUGAGAAGGAGUAACUGGAGCAUUGGAGGUCAACGAGUAGUCCUUCCAGGAAAGAGGGGGAGUUCAUCAUUAUUUAAAUAUAGCAACCCAAACAAAAUGAUCUAAAUAAAAAACGCCCACCCUUGAAAGUUACAUUUAAAGAAUUAAUAAUAAUUAAACAUAAAUAUACCAUAAUGAUCUAUAUUUCAUGCCUACAAGAAAAUUUAAUGCAAAUUCUGCAAGCUGUGUUACAAGAAAAGAGUUAAGGAAAACAAAAGCCAUCAUUAGGUGGGUGUAUGUUUAAUUUGAAAAAAAAAGAAAAUGAAUUAAGGGAAAAUGGAUGAAAUGAAGUUAGUUUUUAGUGCAUCCCUCUAACAUAAACUAUGCAAACAUAUAUAAAAAUAUAUUAUCUUUAAACUGUAACAUUACAUAACUUUAUUGUACUUGAAGCAUAUACAUAAAUUUUGUGUUGACUAACAGAAAACGAACAGAAUGCUAAUAAAUAAAUCAAAUACAAAUGGAUUAACAUAAAAACCGAAAAGCGAAAUCGAUCUUACAUUAAAACUAGAUACAAAUCUUUGCAGUACUGAAAACGGAUUACUGACAUGUGGUAUAUAUACAUAUAACUAUAAAAUCAUUUAUAUAAAUAAUAUAAUUAUACUUAACUGGAAACAAUGGCAUCUCUUGAGAUGCUGGUCAAGUUAAAACAUAAAAAUUAUAGAAUUAAAUUAUCAAAUAACAAUAAUAUUACAUAAUAUCUAUGUAGUUACAACAAAAAUAUUUGCUCUAUGAUAACGACAAGAAAAUAAAACAAACAAACCAAGAAGCAAACAAAUAAAGCAAAAAGAUUAUAUGAAAAA